UUUGAGUUGAUUAUGUUUUUUUUAUCAUAAAUUAAUACUUUAAAAUAUUUUUAAAUUUGUUAAAUGUAUAAAUGGCUUUCGAUGCAUUUGAUCCUUUACAAAAUGUAACUGUUAAUUUCACAGAAGAUCAAUUAUCAGAUAUAAAAGAAUGGUUUGUGGUAACUGCAAAACCAAGACUAACAAUAAAUGAAGGAAACCCAAUAAAUGUUGUAACAAUUGAAGAAUUUAGGGAUUUUUUAGGAAAAAAAAUAUUUCAUCGAAGAAGUUUUCACUACCCUUCCUAUGGAGAAAUAAUGGAAGAGGCCGAAAAAUUAAAAGCCGGAAUAACGAGAAUGCUGAUGUAUGAUCAAGUAGUGUAUAUGUUAAAUAAAUGGACCAUGGUGCCUGACUUAAAGCAUGAAUUACGACUGGCUUUCAAGGUAUUUGAUACAGAAAACAGAGAUUUUUUGGAUAUUGAAGAAUUAAAGAUGAUUAUUACUGGAUAUGGUAAUGUGUUUAAUGAAUCUGAAACUAUAGAGAUACUGCGAGACGCAAAUGUAUCUGGAAAUGGAAAUGUUUUUUACAACAAUUUUGUUGAUAGUCUUUUCAGUUUAGCACCAGAGCUUAAAGAAAUUAAGGCAGAAUAUUUAUAUGAAGACCCCGAAGAAGAUCCAAGUGUUCCCCCUGAGCCUGUCAUUGAAAAUAUAGUGGCAACCCCAACGCAAAACAUAACUGAGGGGGCACAAUCUACUCCUGGCGAAGCUGCGCAACCAGCUCCUCAGAAUCCUUCAACCGAUAAAAAGAAAGAAAAAAAGAAAUGAUAAAU